AUGGCAAAGUCCAUCACCCAGAAGAUCGAGAGCGAGGUCAAGCGCGAAGUCGAGCUAGUCGAGAACAAGGCCGAUAAGCAGCUCGACGUCCUCGUAGAAGAGGAUGCUGACUCUGUUGACUCGAAUGUUCGAUACGCCGCGUACCUCCGCCGUAUUCGUGAUGUCGUGCGCGCAGGAUCGCGAUACACGGCAUACACGUCGGAUGUCGGCGAGGCGUUCCGCCCCGUUGUUCCGCCUUGGGUCGUCACCGCCGCAUACGGUAUCUCGUGGGCGUACCUCAUCGGCGACGUGGCUUUUACCACUUACAAGGCGAAAGAACAGGGCCCGACGGCAUGGGAGGCCGCCAACUUCUCCGAGCCUACUCGCCUCUCCAUGGUCGCAGUCAAGCGCUCGGUGUUCCAGGGUCUGGCAUCGAUGGCGCUGCCCGCAUUCACGAUCCACACGGCAGUGGCACAGACAGCCAAGGCGGUCAAGAACAGCAAGAACGUGUUCGCCAAACGCUGGCUCCCGAGCGCAGUCGGUAUUGGUAUCGUCCCUUUCCUGCCAUACCUGUUCGACCACCCGGUCGAGUACGCGACAGACAGGCUUUUCGACAAGAUCAAGAUCUCGAUGGCCAAGGACGGCAGUGCGCCGCCCGAGCAGCCCAAGCACGAGUCCAAGGAGCUCUAA